AUGCCUACCACUGCAUUCUUGGAUCAGUAUUCUCCCGAGGCGGACAACUCUUCAAGCUUUAACGAAAUUACGGAAGAAACGACAAAUUUGAAUACAGCUGAACGAAACAGUAAGGCCGUGUUCUACUGUUGCUUGUUCCUUCUCGGCUCCUUAGGAAAUGCAAUGGUUAUUUUGGUAUUGAAAGGAAAGCGAAAACGAACCAUUAAUGAUUAUUUUAUUUUAAACUUGGCAGUAGCAGACUUAACUUUCUUGUGGCUGUCACUUCCUUUCUAUACGUACGAACUUUUUCAGCCGUUUAACAAGAAUUUAUUGUAUUGUAAACUAAUUUGGCCGAUGAUGUCAGUUACUUCAUCAGUCAGUGUUUUCACCUUAACGUCCAUGGCAGUCGAACGGUGUCGAGGAAUCACAAACCCUUUGCAACCGAGAAUCAAGCCGCAAGCCACAUUGAUAUGGAUUUUCCUUAUCUGGAUCUUUGCCUUCUUUACUUUAGUUCCGUUGAUGAUCGUGGCGCGGUCGGAAGGUGUGUUCUGUGCGGAAAAUUGGCCGAAGAACUAUUAUCAUCAAGCGUACACUGCUGUUUUAUUCGCUCUUCAAUAUGGCAUCCCCUUGUUUGUAAUCGCCACAGCAUACUUUAGAAUCGCUAUUUUUCUUAUCAGAUCUCGGUUACCGAUGCUAACAACGAUCAACUCUAAGGGGGAGGUUAUCAGGCACAAAAAGAGAAGAGAAAAUGUUCAGAUAAUCCGUACACUGGCUGUUAUUGUGAUUUUGUUCAUGGCCUGCAUGUUUCCCAAUCAAAUCGCUUGGAUGCUGUUUGAUUUUGGCGGUGCCUCGCACAAGAAGCUGUCCGACGCAUUUUGGACAUGCGCAGAGGCGUUCAUGUUUUUACACGCUUGUAUAAACCCAAUAGUGUACGGUUCUCUUACUCGGCAGUUUUGUCGAGGAUACAUCCGAUUCUUCCGACACAUUUUCUGCUUCUGCAAAGUGAACGUCGAUUACCCAAUUGGUAUUUCUCACAACCAGACAGAAGACAGAGAUUUGCGUCCAAAGCGAAAAGUCGGAGUACUUCAUGGUUUUCCUAAACUCAGUGAAAACUCGAUGAUCAGUGGCUGUCAGGAAACAAAACUAUAAUAUUUAGCUUGGAUUGUAAGCGAACUGCCUUUAAAAUCAAAGUGCUCUUUGAGCAAACUCGUGAAUUGACACAUGAUUUUUUGGAUUAUGUUUAAUGUUAUCUGGUUUUGGGAAUUUUUGUGGUUGAUUGUCAUAUCUAGAGUACGAGCAGUAGUUCAGUGUUCGCAGCAAAGAAACAAAGUAAAGUUGGGAUAAGAAGGCAUUACAAUUGAAAUGAUCAUGCUGUUACAUUUGACAAGGGUGGAUGAUGUCAUGUGUUUUAAACGUAUAUCAUUUUUGUUACUGGUUCAAAAGAAAAGGUUGGAAGUAAAUGUGGGUGAAAAGUGAAAUUUACUGUCUAUCAUUGUAAAUAUUAGAAAACCAAGGCAAUACUGUUUUAAUGAAAACAUUUACGAUUCCCUCUUUAUCAAAUGAGACAAACGGGAACGAGUUUUGAGUGAUAUAACUAAGCCAAGACUGCCACCGUCAUUUUGGAUCUCCGCCUGGGUAGAUUUUAGUCACGUGCUAGGCAACGUAUAAUCAAGAACAAGAUAGAAUUUCAUUUCAGGCCUAUUUAUCAAUUUUGUGGUGUAUAACUUUCGCAUUUUAGUACGUAAUAUUUAUUUUGAAUCUUCAAAUUGUCUUGAAAUUUAAAAGAAAAUUGUUCUUUAAAAAUUCACUGAAAAUCGGCAGCUAAAAUUGUUUGUUUAGGUGUUAUUUGAUUUUCGUGAUAACUUGUAAUUCCGUCAGUCGCCGGCAUCUUUUAUUGCUUCACACAGGAAAAACACACGAUACGAAACAUAAUGAUCGAUUUUGUUCUCAAUCCCACGCCAUAACAGAAAAAGCUUUUGAACAUCUGUAAACUCUGAACGCUUCGCAGUAAGUGAUAUUUUCAAUGAAUCUUCGGAUUGUUUUCAAGUUCAAGGAUUGUAAAUUACAAUUUUAUGAAAAACGAAGGUUGUUCUGUUAUUUUAGUGUGAAUCCUUGCAUGCCUGCCAGUCGCUGGCGCCGCUUGUUGAAACUAAAACGAAAAAAAAAAAACUCUUUUAAGAUUAUCAUUGGCAUCUUUUUCACCCCACCACCAUUCUUAGCAACAAAAGUCGCCAUUUCGUUUGUUUAUUGCUUGCCAAAAACUAUCAAAUGCACUCAAAAGCCUAAAAUCGAAAAAACGUUUACAGGAAUCGAUCGAUCGAGCGAGCGAGCGAGCGAAUGCCAUUCUCCACAUCGUAUCUACAACUCGCACUUGCGCAUGCGCGCAAUUCACGAGUUAAAAAUGAAGUAUAUUUUGAAUUAAGCGUAUUACAAUAAACGAAUGUAAAGAAGUCUUUCAACAAGCUCGUGGUUUAAAAAAAGGAGGGAACCAAUAAACUUCGAGAGUUUCUUUUCCAUAGGGAAACACUGAAUACCUUGUUAGCGGAAAGAAAAAAGAGAAAAUUUAAUGGAGUUAUGCGAUACCUUGGUUUUCUUGGGACAUCGAUCGCGAGAGAUCCGAGAAUCACCUUUCAAUACAUGCUAGCUCUAGAUAUGAGCACCACCGUCAGAGUCAUAAGAAACGAGACUGGCGUUUUUUUUUCUUUCCCUAUUUCAAUAAAAAUGAAACGCUUCUUUCCCCUCGGUCUUUCGAUUUGUUCUCUGAAUGUGCAUGUGACGAUGAAAUAGAACCUUUGUUCAAACUCGGAAUUCAAAAUGCUCGGUCAGUGUUUCUGAUUUGAUUAUGCCCCAGCUCAAUUAAAGCAUACAAGGUAAGAUCGGACACCCGGGAUAUAAACAUCUCGACUCACAAAAACCCCUUAAAUGAAGAUAUGUUGCAUUUGGUGUUUGGUAAAUAAAGUUCCUACGCUAAAUAACGAACAACUACACUUUUUUCACGACUAUCUCAAAAUUGAGUUCUCCUCAAGACUUCAAAUUUUAUAAAAAGAAAUUGGUAUUAGCUCCUAUCACUUGCAUCAAGAAACCAUCCAUCAUUUACGAUGAGUGUGAUGCUGCCAAACUCAACACCUGGCUGCGGAAGGUGCUCGCCCCAGUGCAGGCGGGUUUCAGGGAUUUUCAGCAGAAUAUUCCACAAUUACGAGAAGAAUGUCUUGGGAUACGCCUUGUUGUACGUCCACCAGUAGGGAUCGUCUCGCACCAUGUCUUGCUGGUAUGACAUGCUCAGCCAGAAUGAAGAGCUCUUAGCACCGUAAAUCUCAAUGGCAAAGUUGUUAGCCGCUUUUUGAUUCUUCGAGAACAGCUUUUGUUUGGAGCUUCCCCACCAUGUUUGACAUUGGUCAAUUGGAACCCAGAUCUCUGUAAAUUCCACCCUGAUGAUAGAGUCUACCUGGACCUCGUUGUCCAUGGACAGAUCAUAAAACCAAAGGAUAAAGGGGGUAAGUUCUAAAGAAAUUGUAGUGCUGUGUCGGUUGAAGAGUAUCACUAUUAAUAGGUAAUAAACAAUAUGGACAGUGGGCUGAGAUGCAAGGGUCUGAUUGAAGUUGGACGUCCUCAAUUUUGCACAAAUCCUAUACACUUUUUUUAUUAUGAGCAGAAAUUCAUGACGUCAAACUCUUGAUGCGCAGAUGGAGUUAAAAUUAAGGUGAAGCAGGCAACAAACCUGAGGAAUAUGAUCGCCAACGGAAAUUUCCGAUAUCUGACAUGCCAAAUACCGGCGAUUUGUUUUUCGCCAUUCGUAGCGAUUGGCGAAAAUCACGAUCGCUGCACUAUUUUUCCAUCAAACAAAAAAAAAUCAUCCUAAAACCUUCAGUGAAGCUAUGUGACAAUGAUAACUAAUGAAAGCGUUUUCAAAGUAUUAUUCUGUACAGAAUGUCGGAAAAGUGUGUAGCUGUAGAAUAAUCAAGAGCAGAUAUCUACGCCUUUGUCACGCGCUCCUUUACAACUCCUUGAUCCACCGACUUGUAAACACUUGAUCUUCCUAUCCUGUGCGCUUAAAAUCCAUGAUUUCUUCCCUAUAAUGUAAAUUUCCUUUUUUAAUUACAGUUAUAAAUGAAUUUCUGUGUAUGACAUGGAAAUAUUAUAUGUUGAGCUCGACUCUGAUGUCUCAGUGUUUAGACUCCAGAAAUUAGCUUAACAUUUGCGUCAACCAUUGCAAACACUAGAUUUAAACUCAUCCGGCAAAAGUGACUUAAAUUCAAUACACGUCAUGGAAAUUUGAGCGAAAUGAAAUUCCUAUCCGAGACAAAAACGUAAAAGCUACCCUUUUCUUUUCCUCUCAAUUAAUCUACACUAUUUUUACAAGUAAUGGGUUUACGAGCUCCCUUUUUUGACGAAAACGGAAAUUAGCGAAAUGUCAAAACAAAAGUCAGCAAACUUCUUUAGUCAAAUGGAAAUAUUAUAGGCGUUUGUAAAUACAGAAACACCUUCUGUAUUCAAACCAACCAGCUUAUUUUGUGGCCACUUCUCUGUGGCUUUCAGAGUAAAAUGUUAUGAUUGGAAUUAUACUUGGCUCAAUUUCAAAGUUUUAUUUGUAAUUCAUUUGCCUCGAUUUUUGAAAAUUUUUUUUCAUCUACCUUACUAAUUACUGAUCUUUCUAUUUCCGCAGCGUAAGAUCCUUUUUUAGGUGAAAGGAAACUUUUAUGUCAAAAUUUAAACGUAUUAAUCAACCUUCAGGAAGUUCAGUUAAAAUCUACCUGUCAGUAUUACUUAACCAUCGACCUUUCAUUUGCUACAGUUCUUUGUAAACAUGACAACUAUCAUUUACCGGAGAAAAUAUUCUAAGAUUACUUCGAGAGUAUUAAGGUGGUUUUAUUUAUUUUUGUUCUCAUCAGCACUUCGGAAUCCCCCGCUUCAGAUGAUUUCUCAGUUCAUUGGUCUCCUGCAUCCAUAGAAACUUUCACGUACGACUUACAUCGUUGUCUUUUCAAAGAUGAGGCUUAAAAUGAUAAGUUGGCUAUCAAGCUUUGGUCAACAUUGCCGUACGUUUUGAUCUAUAGCCAAGCCUUUCAGUCCGACGUACGGCAAGCAAACUAAAUUAGCGUGCGAAGAAUUUCUAUGCAUUCGUUAUGCUGGGCUUCUUAAAUCAAUAGUUUAUCUCUGUAGCUUCCGUGGAGGGUAACAAAUACUCUACAAUACGAGGAACGUUUCCUUGCAGGAAAAAUUUUUUAGAUAACGACUUUGUCGUGAUUUUGAGUCCUUUUUUUUUAACAUAGCCUGGAAGCAGGUGAGGGUAAAAAAAAAAAAAUUCUUUAAAUGAAGCAUUAGAGGUCUGAGUAAGGAAACGUUUCAGUUCUUCAAGUCAAGCGAACCUCUUUGGGAGAAUAUGUCUCGCGUUGCAUUCUUGGAACAGUAUUAUCCCGCGGCGAGUGAAUCGAUCGACAACUCUUCAAGCUUUAACGAAACUACGAAAGAAACGACAAAUGUGAAUACAGCUGAACGAAACAGUAAGGCCGUGUUCUACUGUUGCUUGUUCCUUCUCGGCUCCUUAGGAAAUGCAAUGGUCAUUCUGGUAUUGAAAAGAAAGCGAAAACGAACCAUUAAUGAUUAUUUCGUUUUAAACUUAGCAGUAGCAGACUUAACUUUCCUGUGGCUUUCGCUUCCUUUCUAUACGUACGACCUUUUUCAGCCGUUUAACAAGAAUUUAUUGUACUGUAAACUAAUUUGGCCAAUGAUGUCGGUUACUUUAUCAGUCAGUGUUUUCACCUUAAUGUCCAUGGCAGUCGAACGGUGUCGAGGAAUCACAAACCCUUUGCAACCGCGGAUCAAGCUGCAAGCCACAUUGAUAUGGAUUUUUCUUAUCUGGAUCUUUGCCUUUGUCACGAUUGUUCCGUUGAUGAUCGUGGCGCGGUCGGACGGCGUGUUAUGUGCAGAAAAUUGGCCGAAGAACUACUAUCGUCAAGCUUUCACUGUAGUCUUAUGCAUUCUUCAAUAUGGCAUCCCUCUGUUUGUAAUCGUCCUAGCAUACCUGAGAAUCGCUUUUUGUCUUAUCAGGUCUCGGUUACCGAUGCUGACAACGAUCAAUGCUAAAGGCGAGGUAAUCAGGCACAAAACGAGAAGCGAAAAUGUCCAGAUAAUCCGGACACUGGCUGUUAUUGUGAUUUUGUUCAUGGCCUGCAUGCUUCCCAAUCAAAUCGCCUGGUUGUUGUUUGACUUUGGCGGUGACUCGUACAAGGAGCUGUCCGACGCAUUUUGGACCUGCGCAGAAGCGCUAAUAUACCUACACGCAUGCGUGAACUCGAUUGUAUACGGUUCUCUCACUCGACAGUUUCGUCGAGGAUACGUCCGAUUCUUCCGACACAUUUUCUGUUUCGGUAAAACCAACGUCGAUUACUCAACUGGUGUUACUGAAAAUCACACAGGAGACAAACAUUUGCGACCAAAGCGAAAAGCUGGCGUACUUUAUGGCUCUCUUAAAUUCAGAAAAAUCAGUGAAAACACUAGAACGACACGCUUGAUAGUGAAUUCCUCUCCGAUUAUGUCCACAAGUGAAGAAAGUAUCAAUCAGUUAGCAAGCCCCUCGCCUGGCUCUUCCCCAGUCCCUGGUUCAGCCGGCAUAGAGAUGUUAUUAAGAAGAACUCAGGCAAAGGAAACUCUGUUGAAAUUGGCCUUUACUAACCUGGGUAUGGACACGUCUGAUGACGAUAGUUGCCAGGAAACUAAACUGUAA